CGGUCACAGGUUAGUGACGGCAUCGGUGCGCGCUGGUAGGACCGCUGCCUGCGUGGUGUAGCGCAGAUGCCGGGCAGCAAUUCACUGCAGUGUCUUGUAUACUCUCUGGAGUCGUGCGGCGCGAGCCCCCGCGGGAGCCACUGUCUGCAUUCCUGGCUUAGUAUAACAUGAAGAAUAUAGGACUGAUUAUGACCUCAGCCACAUGAAUGAUACAUAACUUUUAUAGUCUCCUAGAUACAAGUCUAAAAAGGAUCUAAAUUCAUGUCUAAAAUAAGGACCCAAGGAUUUCUUACAUGCCUGUUUUCCUCAAAAUGAGUGUCACCUUUUUAAGACCUUUUGCUAGGCUUUUGGUGCCACUCACCCUUCAUGGGAAGAAAAGGAUUUUAUAUUCAACAAUUCUACAGAGAUGUGUAUCUUCCAAAAUACCAGCUGUGUCCUAUCCUAAUACGGAAAACACAUCACCUCCUGAACAGCUGGAAUUGGAUAGUUGGAAAAUUACAAUGAAGUCUAGCAUGCAAGAAGAUGUUUCAAAAGUUUCAAGUAGCAAGGAUGAAGAUCCACUAGCUGCCACCAGGGAAUUAAUUGAGAUGUGGCGAUUGCUUGGCAGAGAAGUACCAGAGUACAUCAGUGAAGAAGAGCUCAAAACUGUUAUGGAAUGUGUUUCUAAAUCAUCAAAAAAAAAAUAUUUAAAAUAUUUAUAUGUAAAGGAAAAAGUGAAAAAAGCUAAGCAAAUAAAAAAGCAAAUGAAAGCAGAAGCAAAUGAAAAAGCCAAAAAGGAAAGGCUACUAGAAAGCACCAAGGAAGAUAAACAAGACUUUCUAUUUCUACGACUCUGGGAUAGGAAUAUGGACAUUGCAAUGGGCUGGAAAGGGGCUCAGGCCAUGCAGUUUGGACAACCAUUGGUUUUUGACAUGGCUUAUGAUGAUUAUAUGAAUCCAAAAGAAAUGCAGUAUACUGUUUCUCAACUUCUAGAAAGUGAAGGGUGGAACAGAAGAAAUGUUGAUCCUUUCCAUAUUUAUUUUUGUAAUCUUAAAACAGAAGGUUCUUAUCAUAGAGAGUUAGUUAAACGUUAUGGAGAAAAAUGGAACAAAUUACUUUUAACAGCAACAGAAAAGUCUUAUGUAGAUAUCUUUCCAAAGGACAGUAUUAUAUAUUUAACUGCAGAUUCUCCCAAUGUUAUGACUUCUUUCAAGCAUGACAAGAUCUAUAUAGUGGGAUCUUUUGUUGAUAAGCAUAUGCACCCAGGAGCAUCCCUAGCCAAGGCAAAACGACUGAAGCUGGCAACAGAAUGCCUUCCGCUAGAUAAGUAUUUACAGUGGGACAGUGGUACCAAAAAUCUCACCCUAGAUCAAAUGAUGCGUAUUUUGUUGUGUCUGAAAAACACUGGUAGUUGGGAAGAGGCUCUGAAGUUUGUUCCUAGGAGAAAACAUACUGGUUAUAUGGAGGUUUCUCAGUAUUCUCAUGAGUUUGUCAACAAAUUGAAAAAGUCAAAGGCACUUAAUUCAUUUCCAAAAGGUUUUUUAAAUAGACCCAAAAGAAGGUGGCUUGAAUGAGUGAUAGAUUAACAGAUUGAAAAUACAGUUCAGUAGUCUGUUUCUUCACAAAUGGAAUUUGCUCUUUCUUUUAAGGUAGUUUUUCUAAACUAACUCAAGGAUGCCUUUUCCCAGUGAGAUAACUGUAAAACAAUGGAAAACUACUUUGUUUAUUAUGACAAGAAACUGAGUGUAAAUCUUAGUAAAAGGAAUUACCCAAGUUUUUUGAGCCCAGUUAAACAAUUGUACUAGUGGUUUGACUUUUUUUAACAAAUACUUUGUGUACCAGGUUCUGGUUUCCUUCUUAAAUAUUUUUAGCCAUGUUACCCUUUCAUAAAAUUGAUACAGAAAAUCUCCUAAAUUUUAGGUAGUUGUUCACUUAUUAAGUAACAUUUGGACCAGCGCUCGGUAUGACAUUGGCACUAAGGUAUAUUGUUUACCUGAAUCUUGGUUAAGUAGAAAUUUAAGACAUCCUUUGAUGUAUCAUGGGAGAUGAGUACAUUAUGAAAACUGGGGGAUAAAAUUAAUUUCUUAUUUUAGAAAAAGGUUUACUUUUUCAGUCUUUCAGUUUGGAAAAUGCGACUGCGGCGAUAGACCUUUCUCCCCUGUUUACAGCUGAUUAGCCUAAGGAGACAGAGUCAAGUGUAGAUAUGGGCAUCUGACUUUUAAGAGAACAAGUCAGAACCGUUUUCCAUGAUUUUUGGAUUUUAGAAUUAAGAUAGCCUUUGUCCCUUUUUGGUAGUGGACUUUUGACAGGAAGCUCUUAAAUUAGUUGUGGUAUUGACCUUUUCUAUGAAGGAAGCCUGGUUCCUGUAGAAAAGUUAAGUUUACAUAUAGAAAUAAGACUGAUUUCUGAACUGUUAUCUCUGCUUCCAGUUAUACAUAGAUUUGCUUUUAUCUUGAAUGAUUGUUCAAACUUCAUGUGAUACCCUAAUAUCCCUCUAAUAAAUUCUUGCCUUACCCAGUUUGUGUUGGGUUUCUGCCACUCACACCUAAUGAGUCUCCUUGAAAACACAGGAAUGAGACAUUUGGGCAGCUAUUACUUAUUUCUGAAUUGAAAAUUAGCAUCAUAUAAGUUAUCCAGUAUAUUUCUUAAAGCAGGAUGUAAUCUGUUUACACAGUACUAUAUCCCUAGUCAGCUAAAUGGUUAGUAGCCAUUUACAUGCACUAUCGCUAGCACAUUUUUUUAUAGAUGAGGGAAAUUUAUACAAAACAACUCACUCUUAGAUGCAAAUUAAA